AUAUCCAUUCCCCCCACCGUCGCGUGAACUGCCAUGGCGGCGGCGGCGCUCUGCUCCGCGUCCCCGGCCAUCUCCGCGGCCGCCGCCCUCGGCGUGGCGGCGUCCGCGCUCCGCCUGCGGCUGCGCGCCGCCUCGCGGUCCUACUGCGCCGCCGCCGCCGCGGCCGCGCCGAGGGCUGCCGCUGCGGCGGGGAGGCCGUCCUGGAGGGCGCGGCGGCGGUUUGCCGCGCCGGCAGCUCCCACGGCUACGGAGGAGGAGGAGGAGGAGGAGGAGGAUGGAGCAGGUGUUGAGAUGAUGAUCCCACCCGACAACCGCAUCCCUGCGACCAUCAUCACCGGCUUCCUCGGCUCCGGGAAGACAACUUUACUGAAUCACAUCUUGACUGCUCACCAUGGAAAGCGGAUUGCCGUCAUUGAGAAUGAGUAUGGAGAAGUUGAUAUUGAUGGUUCAUUAGUUGCUGCCCAAACUGCUGGAGCUGAGGACAUAAUGAUGCUAAAUAAUGGGUGCCUUUGCUGCACUGUUCGUGGUGAUUUAGUCCGUAUGAUUGGUGAAUUGGUUAACAAGAAGAAGGGGAGGUUCGAUCACAUUGUAAUUGAAACUACAGGUUUAGCGAACCCAGCACCCAUUAUACAGACUUUUUAUGCAGAAGAUACAGUUUUUAAUGAUGUCAAGCUGGAUGGUGUUGUGACUUUAGUAGAUGCAAAGCAUGCACGAUUACAUUUGGAUGAAGUAAAGCCCAAGGGUAUAGUCAAUGAGGCAGUUCAGCAAAUUGCAUAUGCUGACAGAAUCAUAGUUAACAAGAUUGAUCUUGUUAGUGAGCCUGAAGUAUCUUCCUUGGUCGAGCGUAUAAGGAGUAUGAAUCGCAUGGCUCAUUUGAAACGAGCUGAGUAUGGUAAAGUUGAUCUGGAUUAUGUGCUUGGAAUUGGAGGCUUUGAUUUGGAGAGGAUUGAGAGUGCGGUCUCUGAAGAUUCACAUGAAGAUCACACAGAGCAUGAACAUAAACAUGACCACGGCCAUGACCAUGACCACGAACACCAUCAUCAUGACCAUCAUGAUCAUGACCACAAACAUGAUCAUCAUGCACAUGAUCCUGGUGUUUCUUCUGUAAGCAUUGUUUGCGAAGGGGAGAUGGAUCUUGAAAAGGCUGACAUGUGGUUGGGGAACCUACUUUUAGAACGCAGUGAUGACAUAUACCGGAUGAAAGGGCUACUUUCUGUCAGUGGGAUGCCCCAGCGCUUCGUCUUUCAGGGAGUGCAUGACAUUUUCCAGGGAUCUCCUGAGAGAAUGUGGGAACCAAAUGAGCCACGCAUCAACAAGAUUGUGUUCAUAGGCAAGAAUCUGAAUGGGGAAGAACUGGAGAAGGGCUUCAAGGAUUGUCUACUGAAGAAAUGAGCAGCUUCACGUUUUUCCUAUAUACCACGGGAUAGGGUUCUCCGGCUUCAUGAUUUUGAGCUUUGCGGCUGUAGAACUUAUACUCGAAUCCGAACUGUGAUCGAACGAAUUAACUUGUCUUCCCGAGAUGUACAGCACGGAUAAGAACUGUACCCUGAAGUUUUGAACGGCGUUUUAACAUAUAGAAUCGCAUGGCAUGCUAUUUAUGAACGAAUUCGUUUUAAAUACAACAUACUUCGAGCUGAAUUAUGAUUUUCGUCCGAAUACAGAUCGCUCGUUAGACCAAAGUGUGAAAUGACUAGGAAAUAGGCGUGCAAAUUUUAUGGCCAGGGCAUAUUUAGAAUGUAUAUA